AUGAAUCCAACAACCUCUCCUGCACGACGCGUCCUCGGCGAGAAAGAUGCCAACGCGCUUCUACACACGCAGUCGGCGCGGAAGGCCAACCGUGGCUUGGAGAAUGCCAGUCCGGUCGCUCAGCGGCCGUCUUUGAAACGGCCCGUUUCGCUCUCGCCCAUCAGUCGACAUGCUGGGCAGAAGAGAAAGAUUGAGGAAGCAUAUGAGCAGGAAAUGCCGGGGUUGGACUCUCCGUCUCGAGACGCGAGCAUGGCCCAUCCCAUGUCCCAAAUGACGGAGAUGCUGAGCGACAGCCCUUCCGAGCAUGAAGGCCCUUACAAGACCUCGGUGGAUCAAUACAAGUCCACGCCCAACACCGUCUUCUCUUCGUUCCGGCCGUCCCAGGACGAACCGUGCCCAGUCGAGGCCCAGUUCGAGAUCCAUGAAGAACCCAGCCAGCAGACGUUGGACACAAUGCAUGCCAUCACCCUUCCUCAGAAUACCUCGCAGCUCAUGCCGUCGCUCCGACCGAACCUCUUCAAGGAAGGGUCGCAAGUCAGCCUCAGCAUGUCGAGUCUGAUCGAUUUCGAGAACAAUCGGUCGUCCGAGGGCGACGACGACGACGGCAUGCAGAUGCUCGAAGAACACGACGUGGUUCCCGACCAAAGACCAAAGACGCAGGAGGAAAGCAGGAAAGAAAUGCUCCUAGAGAAAGCAGAGACUCUGCGCACUCGGCUCCAACUAGCCAUCUUCAAGAUCCAGACGAACCAAGUCUCGCGGCCCUUUGCACGGCUUCAAAUCCCCGAAGCGAAAGCGAGGUCAUCAUCCCCAGACCUGGCCGCUCUAUCAUCCUCUUCGCCCGGCUCAUCUUCCACCGUCAGAGCAUACCCGGGUCCGGGUCGAAGCCCUGCUGUGACGCAGCAGCAGCAGCAGCAGCAGGACCAAGAGGCUAGAGUUGCCUCGGCACGAGCCCGCGCGACCAUGGGCCCCAACCCCAAAGUGAGGAGUCUGUCGAGCCUCCCGAUGCCCAGUAUCGCCCCUACAGCCUUCUCGGCCCGAUGGAACAAUGAGCUUGAGCUCGAGGCAGUCGAGCAAACUACCCAGUUCCAGCGGCAGUUCCAGUUCCAGCGACAGCGACAAUCUGCAUCUGCUCACUUCCCCAGCAGUCCACCGCUACCGUCGGCGGACUUGCCAUCCACUGCUCGCCACCCAGACCGGAGGGCUGAUCAGCCCAAAACUCCAAUGCGGUCGUCAAGUUCGACAUCAGCAUCUGCAUCUGCAUCAGCAUCUGCAUCCCGACACGCCGACAACUACAGAGCCAACGCUAACUCUUCACAGCGCAGAAGCCACCAUCGCCCUGGUGGGCUCACUAGUAGUGUGGUCAAGGGUGAAGCUGCGAGUAGUCUGCUCGAGCUUGUGCGGGGUGGUGCUGGUGCUGGUGCUGGCGCCGCAAGGUCUGGGGGCACGGGUAUGUGCGGACUAUAA